ACCUACGACAAAAAAACAGCUGAAAAAAACGGCAUCGAUUCGCACGCACGUACGAGCGAGGCCUCCUGCCCUCGACCGAGAACCACUAGCACUCACGACCCGCACAGCAGAUCGUUCGCCGCCGCCCUCCAUCCCUUCGCACCAGAUCCAUCCCUUUGCCGCCGCCGAUCCAUCCGUUCUUCGUGCCCGACGUCGCUGACCCCGCCUCCGCGCCGCUCGCCCGGGCCUUCCUCAGUUCCUCUCCGAUGCGACUGACAAGCCCCCGCAGCUCCUCCCCGUCGACACCGCGCCCGUCGCCCAGCGGCUCUUCCUCGAGUUCCCUGGCUCCGACGAGGGCCCGCCCAAGGCCAAGGGGAAGGGGGGACGCGGUGGGAGAGGAGAAUGGAGGGAUCAGGGAGGCGGUGCAGAGGUUCGAGGGGUAGGAGGUCGAGGCGCACGAGCGGAAGGAGGUCGCCUUCAGGCUCAUCGUUCAGAUGCUCGGGGGCGAGGGAAGGCUGGAGGCCGACAAGGUUGCCAAGGUCAGGAAUGCUGCCGCAUGGCAGGUCCGUUCGCUCACGGAUUUUCUCAAGAAUUAGGCAAUCAUCUCCUCGGACUCAGAGUAGUGAGGAGGGCAUGCGUCAGAGGCCAGUCGGCAGAGGGAGUGCAGAGAUAAUGCGGGUGUCCUCCUUGCUUAAGCACCAGCCUGAUGGGGACUUUGAGAGGUUGCCGCCGAUGGCGCGUCCAAACCAGAUGCAUCAUCAUCAGUCGCCCCCAAUGCCUAAUUUUCGUGGAAAUGGUUUUGGCCCGUGGAACCACGGGGCGCAUCCAGAGAGGGUAGGUUUUCCUCAAGGACACGUGGGUUGGCAAGGAGCACCACAAAGCCCCUCUCCAUACAUUGUCAAGAAGAUUUUGCGGUUGGAGAUACCAACAGAUACUUACCCUAAUUUCAAUUUUAUUGGCCGUCUUCUUGGGCCAAGGGGAAACUUGUUGAAGAGGAUUGAAGCCACUACGGGUUGUCGUGUUUUUAUCAGAGGGAAGGGCUCAAUUAAAGAUCCUGGGAAGGAACCUACCACGCGCGCCGAGGUGAGGGCCUCGUGGACUCCGUCCAUCGCCGCAAGCCGACGACCCCGCCGCUUGGCCGAGAACCUCGUGAUGUAUCAAUUAUUUCUCAGCUUGGCGCAUGCAUUACGGCAGUACGCCGCGCGCAGUUUCCUUGGAUUCUAUUCCAUCUCCUCUCGUCCGCUUCCUCUAAUUGCUUCUCAAAUCAUUCGUUCGUUCGUGCUGGCCAUCCUCCUACAUCUGUCUGUCUCGCUCUCCGAUUGAUUAAUCGUGUUCAUUGGGAUUUAAAAAGAGGAACAUGGAUUUUUGUUGGUGACUUGUAAGCAACAACAAGAUCUUGCAAUUUCUAAUUUUCUAGCCAUCCACGUAAGUACAGAUCAGGCGAGUACCUCGGGGCAGAGCCCGUGCUGCCGUACCUGAGCCCCUACAUGCGCGGCGAGAACCUGCUCGUCGGCGCCAACUUCGCGUCCACCGGCGUCGACAUCCUCAACGACACAGGCGUUCAAUUUGUGAACAACAUCAGGAUCGCGCAGCUGCUGCAGAACUUCCAGGACUACCAGUAGAGGCUGGCGGCGUACGUCGGCGAGGACGCGGCGAGUGAGCGCAUGAGCCAGUCGCUGGUGCUCAUCACGCUUGGUGGCAACGACUUUGUCAACAACUACUUCCUGGUGCCCUUCUCCGCUAGGUCCCAGUAGUUCAAGAUCCACGGCUAGAUCCUCUUCAUCAUCUUCGAGUACAAGAAAGUCCUCGCGGGUGAUAUGGAUGAAGGAAAAGAGGCCAGCAAUGCUGAGCUAAACAAUUCAGGGAGGUAUUGGAUUGGCCUCUGUAGAAACUAUGGUAAAGGCACCUAAUCUUGGGCCCCUAGAAGAAGGAAACUCAACAUGUGUGGUUCUCAUUAGAGGCAACCAGACCGUUGUUGAAAAUAUUGAUGAUUCCUGUUGUGUAUUCUCAAGGAAUGGUCAGGUUUAGUACUGACCGUUGCGGUGCGUAGAAGAAAGGUGCCACUUUCACUUAGUUCUCUCAGUUCUAAGUUGGGACUGCAAAAAUUUGAGGAUUUCCCCACAUAGACCUGAAGUUUCUGCUUCUAGCAUUUCUCUUCUGUAAGCAGCAUGGCAAACCCGGUUUCAAAGUAAAGACCCGAGGAAGAAUGUAGAUUGAUCACUGUGAUUUCAAGUCCUUCAGAGCUGGAGAUGUUAAGACUUGAGACAGAUAUAUACAGGGCCACAGGGGCCUACAAGAUCCAAUUCAUGUUUGAUGGUUCGUCAAAAUAAACAAGUAGUAUUGAUGGGUAAAG